UGUUUGACAGCUCUGCAUAUUUCGAAAGAAAAUCUCUGAAGUGAAAAACCUUUUUUCAUUGUUCUUUAAACUAGAUAAAUAGAAGUUUAGUGUUAUAAAGCUUUGUACUGUACAUAAUCUUAUGUAUUUUACUCAGUUAGGACUCGGGAAAUGCUUAUAACUAUAAAUAGAUUGAGCCGUAGGUAGUUAGUAAUACGUUCAGAUUGUGAUGAUUUAUCGAAGUUUGUGAAGAAAUCACUGCCAUGGGGAGGAGAGAGGAGCCGGCCUGGAUGCAGGGGACGCUGGGGCUGACCAUGGCCCGGGAGCGCGGGGACAUUGGUCGUAAAUUCCAGAACCGACUUCUUGUGACUCGUAGUAUGAUAGACAGAUUAGGUCUAGAAAGCGAGCUUCAUGGGCAUAUGGGAUGUGUGAACUGCCUUGAAUGGAGUAAAGAUGGAUCUGUUUUGGCCUCCGCGUCUGAUGAUCUUCACGUAAUCCUGUGGGAUCCCUUUCGGUAUAAGCAACUUCACAAUAUAACAACAGGACACACAGGGAACAUAUUUUCUGUAAAGUUCCUCUCAUCGGACAUAGUAGCAACAUGCGCGGCGGACGGAUCAGUUCGUGCGCGCAACGUGUGCGGAGGGACGUCUCUACUAGAGUGCGCUUGUCACAGCGGCAGGGUGAAGAGGCUGGCGGUUGCACCGGACAAACCACACUUGCUGUGGUCUGCCGGCGAGGACGGAUUGGUUCUCCAGCACGAUCUGCGCAUGCCGCACCGUUGCAACUCGGAUUGCGCAAACGUUCUCGUAAAUCUGCUCAACCACAUGGGCCGGUACGCGGAGGCAAAGUGCGUGGCUGUGAACCCACGUCGCCCAUACCAGUUGGCAGUUGGAGCUAACGACUUCUAUGUGAGAUUGUACGAUACGAGGAUGAUCAAGCUGGGCAGAUUGCAGGUUGGUGAUGCGGACUUCCAAAUGAACGCGCCAAUGUCUCGGCUGAUGUGGGAGCGGCAGAACGUGCGAUGUUCCCGCGCGGGACACGGCGAUCCCGACAACAAUAUACCGAGAGCGGCUGUGCAGUACUUUGCGCCUGGUCACUUAUCAAUGGAGCCGAACGACCACACGUAUCCAAAGAAAGCGGUCACGUACAUCGCUUUCAGCCACGAUGGGAACGAGUUGCUCGUCAAUUUGGGAUCUGAACAAAUAUACUUAUACGACAUAAACUCAGCCAGGCGGCCAGUAUUCGUAGAGAGUUUCAUAAUCCAACACAAUCACGGGUACCGCGAGGGUGAAGCCAAGAAUGGUACGAAAAACGACACCAAAAACGGUACAAGUGAUACCAAAAACGGUACCAAUAACGGUACCGUUAUUGAAGGCAGCAACGGUACCGUGGAUCAACAGUUGCCGGAAAAAGUGCAACAGAUGAAGGAAAUGGCCAACGAGCUAGUAAACAGGAGCAAUUAUUCAGCCGCAGUGGAAUUGUACAAUGUCGCCAUAUCGGAGUGUCCGAACUGCGCCAUUUUGUAUUCGAACAGAGCGGCCGCGCUUAUGAGGAGGGGAUGGUCCGGCGAUACAUACGCGGCGAUCCGAGACUGCUACAAGGCAAUAAAACUGGACGCCAACCACGUGAAGUCUCACUUCCGUCUCGCAAAGGGUCUGAUGGACCUCAAGCGAGCUAGAGAAGCCCACGAGUGCCUGCUGUACUUUAAGGACAAGUUCCCGAAACACGCGACCAGCCAUGCGGUGUUUCUGCUGCAGAAGGAUAUCAAUGUGGCCCUGGAGUCGAUGGAAACGCAGCCAGAUGAAGCGUCAGAAGAGGAAGGGCAAACCGGUAGUGCCCUAGAGAGGCAGUUACGUAGUUCCGCGUUGGACUACAGCCAUCGGUUCUUGGGACACUGUAAUACAACUACAGAUAUUAAAGAGGCAAAUUUCUUAGGACCAGAUGCGAAUUUCUUGGCUGCUGGCUCUGACGACGGUUCGAUGUUCGUGUGGUCCCGUCGCUCGGGCAACAUCGUGCGUUGUUUACGAGCUGACGAGUCGAUACUGAACUGCGUGCAACUGCACCCGUCCAUGUUCCUGCUGGCCACCAGCGGCAUUGAGGCCGUCGUCAGGCUCUGGAGCCCCAAAUCCGAGGACGGCAGCCCAGAGUCCCGGCUGGUGGACAGUGUGACGGCAGCUGCUGCGAACCAGCAGCGCAUGCGCAGCGACCCGUUCGAGGCGAUGCUGCUCAACAUCUCGUUCGCCGGCGGGCCCGAGCGCGACCUGCAGUCGCCCGUCUGCCGCGCCACGUAAAGAAAGUUCACCAAGCCUGUGAAUUCGAGUCAAAUGUAAAUAGUUAUUAUAUAUAAACACAUAUUAUAUUAUUUGUUGUUAAACAUAACAUUUCGCGUUAAUGUUGAUUCCUAAGUUUAUGUUAAACACCGCGCCGAUAAUGGAUCGAAUUUAAAAAACGGUGGGUUUGCAUACGUGCGAGCGAGACAGCAUGUCGGUGCGCAAGUGAGAUGGUGAUACGAUUUGUCAAAUCGAUCCUUUAUUGGCUCGGAUUUUAGUUCCACAACCGAGAGUAGGGUAAAGGCCCUUGUUAAGACUCAAAAUUAUUUAAUUUAGUGGUUAAUUGUGAUUUUUUUUUGGAAUAUUUUUUUUUAACUAUCGGUUACCGAUUAAGUUAAAUGGCACACAGUAAUUAGCCGAAUCGGCUAAUUAUUUGAUGCAAUUUGAUUACUCCACAAUUCGUGACAAGCGACAAGCGCGACUGACGUACGCACUGAUGGUCGGUGAAGAACUGCAACCGGCCUAAGGGAAACACUCUAAAAAUAAUACUUGAAGACCCUAGACACUGCAUAUUAUUAUAUAGGUAUAUUAUAAAUAUGUUAUUCAGCCAAUACUGUCAUAUCCACUUUGUAAAAUCUAGUUAAAAUAUAUCCUACAUCCUCCAAAACAUAAUCAUACAACUUCCUAGUAACUGUUCACUUGACAAACUAACAUGAACAAUAUUUAUACGUUAUACCAGGUGAAAGGUAAGACGUUAGACAAAUUCAGACAGGAGCUUCGUAAAAAAAAUUUGGACUUUGUAAGGAAACUUCGCUAAUCAGCUGACCGAUUUCCAUACAAAGUCCAAAUUUUUUUCUACGAAUUCAGCAAAGUUGUAGAACAAAAGUUGUUCAGUUUCAUGAGAAGAAGCUC